AUGAAUGAGCCUUCCAGUAUUCCAGCAGGCUACGGCGCUGAAAAUGGGGAAGACCUGUCUCUGGGGCUGGGCGAACUUGAUCUCACCACCGAGCACCUGAGCCUGGCGGGGAUAGAAAAGGAUGUAGAAGCUCUAGCCGACCACGAAGUACUCAAAGCUAUCCUGGAUCAAGGGCUGGACCCUCGCGAGUAUGGGCGCAGGUACGAGGACGAGCUCCGUCAAGCUGAGCUGGCCUCCAUCGAGGACUACAUCGCGGAGGCAGACACCCUCAUCGCCCUUCACACAGACAUCAAGGAGUGCGACGACAUCCUCCAGGGCGUGGAGGCCACGCUGGCGCACUUUCAGACCGACCUGGGGAGCAUCUCCAGCGAGAUCCGGGCCUUGCAGGCCGAGAGCCAGAGCAUGAAUGCCAAGCUGCGCGACCGCAGGGCGCUCAAGGAGUCUCUGGAGGACUUUGUGGGUCGAGUGAGCCUGACGCCGGACCUCAUCCAUGGCAUCGUCCAGUCGGAUGUACAGAGCGAGGAGUUCCUGAGCGCCCUGCAAACCCUGGGCCGGAAGCUGGCCUCUGCAGCUCGGGACCCGGACCUCCAGGGGACAGUGGCUCUCAGAGAUGUGGCGCCAGAGCUGGAGAAGCUCAGGAUCAAGGCAGUCGUGAAGAGCAGGGACUUUUUGUUCGCCAAGAUCUGGGACUUCCGGCGUCCCCGCACCAACGUCCAGAUCAAGCAGCCGGUGCUGCUGCGACACAAGUCCCUGGUCGCCUUCCUGGGCGAGCAUGCCCCAGACAUCUUUGGCGAGGUCCGGGCCGCCUACAUCGACAAGGUCUCCGCCAAGGUCCUGGACCUCUUCCGCAACUACUGGGCGGUCAUCGACCGGCUGGAGGAGAAGGUGCUGACGGAGGCCGACACGCUGGGCGCGGCCGAGGCCCCGUCCUCCGGCGGCGAUCGCGCGCUGGUGCUGAGCCACGUGGAGGGCCCGCCCCUAGUGCUGCACGCGGCGGAGGCGCGCGGCGCGCGCUUCCCUUACGAGGUCCUCUUCCGCUCCGUGAACAAGCUGCUGAUGGACACCGCGGCGCACGAGUACCUAUUCUGCGCCGAGUUCUGGGGCGAUGCGGGCGUGUACGCAGCGCUCUUCGCCCCCGUCCUGGCCUUCGUGGAGUCCUCGCUGGCGGCGGCCCUGGCCGAGCUGCAUGACCCCAUCGCCCUGCUCCUCAUGGUGCGCCUGAACCGGGAGUGCGGGCUUGCCAUGGCGCGGCGCGGAAACCCCGCCCUGGACGGCUUCUACGACCGCAUCAACCUGCUGCUCUGGCCCCGCCUCAAGGUGCUCAUGGACGCCCAACUGGCGUCGGUCAAGGCGAUGCCAGUCGACCCGGGGUCCACUGCCGUCCCCAUCCCCGCCGUCCACCUGCUGGCAGAGCGGUAUGCUGCCCUCACCUCGGCCCUGCUCCUGCUCCAAGCGGACCUGCCCGAGGAGCCCCUGGAAAGCAACACGGAGCGCCUGCGAUACGCAGUGAUGAACGCCCUGCUGAGCCUGAGCCGCUUGCUGCCCAGCAAGCGCGCCGGCACCGUCUUCCUCAUCCUGAACUUUGGGCACAUUGUCGGCGUGCUGCGUGGCACCGCGGCCCGGGGCCUGCCCCGCACGGGAUCCCUGUCGCAGCAGGCCAUGAGUCAGGCUGCGUCGGGCGGCGGCCAGGGAGGCGCAGGGGCCAACCCUGCCCUGCACCGGACCAGCAGCAGCCACGGGGCAGUGGACGCAAGCCAGGGGCUGGGGGCCUCGGGCGCGGCCCUGCUCAAGGAGAUUGAGGAGGGGCUGCACCGCUGCACCAGCAUCUACGUGGACGACAUGCUGGGCGGGGCGCUGCCUGAGCUGAUUGCAUUCGUGCGACGCGGCGAGGCCCUGGCGUCGGGCCUGCCGGAGGGGCAGGCACUGCCUGGUUGUGGGCCGCCGGAGGCAGCACCCCUGGCCCAGGCUUUUGCCGGGAGCUGGAAGCAGAAGGCAGAGGCCAUGUGCAGGGAGGUGACGCAAGACUUUGGGUCCACGCAUGCCGCCCGCGGCGUGCUGCAAGCGGUGUUCACCCAGCUGCUCAUGCAGUAUUCGCGCUUCCUGGAGUUGAUGAAGAAGCAGGGGCCCGCAGGCCUGGGCGUGGUCCGGGAUGCAGUCACCCUCCCCAGCGUCAUGUACGGCUUGAAUGCACUCAGCCGCUGA